UUAGCGGCAGAGUGAACCCCUAACUAGCGAUCGAAAACGUCGUCGUACGAACCAUCGCAUCGGCGAAAUAAUAAGUAAGCAUCGACCUUAGUUUGGCUUGCAGAAAUCGAAGAAAAGAGGAGGGAGAGAGAAAGGGUUUUAGGGUUCCAUUUUAGCAAGAGAUCUCCAGUCCUGUAAAGGGAGAUGAGUACGUAUAAUUACGUUGUCACGGCUCACAAGCCAACGAAUGUCACUCAUUCAUGCGUCGGCAAUUUCACUGGCCCUCAAGAACUCAAUCUUAUUAUCGCGAAAUGUACACGUAUCGAGAUUCAUUUACUUACUCCUCAAGGCCUGCAGCCUAUGUUGGAUGUGCCAAUAUACGGAAGAAUUGCAACACUAGAACUUUUCAGACCUCACGGUGAAACACAAGACCUUCUGUUUAUUGCAACAGAAAGAUACAAGUUUUGUGUUCUUCAGUGGGAUGCUGAUGCAAAUGAGGUUCUUACAAGAGCAAUGGGUGACGUGUCAGAUCGAAUAGGAAGACCUACAGACAAUGGCCAGAUAGGCAUAAUUGACCCAGACUGCAGACUCAUUGGACUCCAUCUGUAUGAUGGAUUAUUCAAGGUCAUUCCAUUCGAUAACAAAGGACAGCUCAAAGAAGCUUUCAACAUCAGGCUUGAAGAACUUCAAGUUUUGGAUAUCAAAUUUCUCUAUGGUUGUCCAAAGCCUACAAUUGUUGUUCUUUAUCAGGAUAACAAAGAUGCUCGCCAUGUAAAAACAUAUGAGGUUUCUUUAAAAGAUAAAGACUUUGUUGAAGGUCCAUGGUCUCAGAACAAUCUUGAUAAUGGCGCUGAUUUGCUGAUACCAGUUCCACCACCUUUUUGUGGUGUAUUAAUCAUUGGGGAAGAGACAAUUGUGUACUGCAGUGCCUCUGCUUUUAAAGCAAUACCAAUUAGACCUUCUAUUACUAGAGCAUAUGGAAGGGUGGAUGCAGAUGGUUCCAGAUAUUUACUUGGUGACCAUAGUGGCCUUCUUCACUUGCUUGUCAUUGCCCAUGAGAAAGAAAAAGUUACUGGACUUAAAAUUGAGCUUCUAGGGGAAACUUCUAUAGCAUCAACUAUAUCAUAUCUUGAUAAUGCUUUCGUGUAUGUUGGCUCAAGCUAUGGAGAUUCCCAGCUUAUUAAGUUGAAUCUCCAACCUGAUCCAAAAGGCUCUUAUGUGGAAGUUCUAGAAAGGUAUGUCAACUUGGGUCCAAUUGUUGACUUUUGUGUGGUUGACUUAGAGAGACAAGGUCAAGGGCAAGUUGUUACUUGCUCAGGAGCAUAUAAAGAUGGUUCCCUUCGCAUUGUUAGAAAUGGAAUUGGGAUAAACGAACAGGCCUCUGUGGAGCUACAAGGUAUCAAAGGAAUGUGGUCACUAAGAUCAGCAACAGACGACAUUUAUGACACAUUUUUGGUUGUUAGCUUCAUCAGUGAGACACGAAUAUUGGCAAUGAAUUUAGAGGAUGAAUUAGAGGAAACUGAGAUUGAAGGUUUUUGUUCUCAAGUACAAACAUUAUUCUGUCAUGAUGCUAUCCAUAAUCAACUUGUUCAGGUUACUUCAAGCUCAGUGAGACUGGUGAGUUCAAGUUCAGGAGAGCUACGAAACGAAUGGCAUGCUCCCAAUGACUACUCUAUAAAUGUCGCCACUGCCAAUGCUACUCAGGUGCUAUUGGCUACUAGAGGUGGCCAUCUGGUUUACCUUGAAAUUGGUGAUGGUGUGUUGGUAGAAAAAAAGCACGCAGAACUGAAAUAUGAUAUCUCAUGUCUUGAUAUAAACCCCAUUGGUGAAAAUCCAAAUUAUAGUAAUCUUGCUGCAGUUGGGAUGUGGACUGAUAUUAGUGUCAAGAUAUUUUCACUACCCGAUUUAAAUCUCAUCACUGAAGAACAUCUAGGUGGCGAAAUAAUACCGCGUUCUGUUCUUCUUUGUGCCUUUGAAGGGAUACCUUACUUGUUGUGUGCACUUGGAGAUGGACAUCUUUUGAACUUUUUACUCAACACAAGCACAGGGGAAUUAACAGACAGGAAAAAGGUGUCACUUGGGACACAACCAAUAACUUUGAGGACAUUUUCAUCAAAGAGUACAACUCAUGUUUUUGCAGCCUCUGAUAGACCAACAGUUAUAUACAGCAGUAAUAAAAAAUUACUCUACAGCAAUGUGAACCUGAAAGAAGUCAGUCACAUGUGCCCUUUCAACUCUGCUGCUUUUCCUGACAGUCUUGCUAUUGCAAAAGAGGGUGAGUUGACAAUUGGCACAAUCGAUGAUAUUCAGAAGCUUCAUAUUCGGUCAAUUCCUCUUGGAGAACAUGCAAGGCGCAUCUGUCAUCAAGAACAAUCUCGGACAUUUGCAAUAUGUAGUUUGAAGUACAAUCAAUCAAGCACAGAAGAUUCUGAGAUGCAUUUUAUCCGGUUGUUGGAUGAUCAAACAUUUGAUUUCAUAUCAACUUACUCACUUGACCAAUUUGAGUAUGGAUGUUCUAUUUUGAAUUGCUCUUUCUCAGAUGAUAAUAAUGCAUAUUACUGUGUUGGGACAGCUUAUGUUAUGCCAGAGGAAAAUGAGCCAACAAAGGGGCGUAUAUUGGUGUUUAUGGUUGAAGAUAGGAAGCUACAGCUAGUAGCUGAGAAAGAAACCAAAGGCGCUGUUUACUCUUUAAAUGCUUUCAAUGGAAAACUCCUUGCUGCUAUAAAUCAAAAAAUCCAGCUCUACAAAUGGAUGCUCCGUGACGAUGGGACCCGCGAAUUACAAUCCGAAUGUGGACACCAUGGCCACAUUCUUGCUCUUUAUGUACAAACUCGUGGGGAUUUCAUUGUUGUUGGUGAUCUCAUGAAAUCAAUCUCACUCUUAAUAUACAAGCAUGAAGAAGGUGCGAUAGAGGAGCGGGCCCGCGACUACAAUGCGAAUUGGAUGUCGGCGGUUGAGAUUUUGGACGAUGAUAUUUACCUGGGAGCUGAAAACAACUUUAACCUUUUUACGGUCCGUAAAAACAGCGAAGGAGCUACGGAUGAAGAACGGGGGCGUUUAGAAGUGGUGGGUGAGUAUCAUUUGGGUGAAUUUGUGAACCGCUUCCAACAUGGAUCACUUGUGAUGCGUCUUCCUGAUUCGGAUGUGGGGAAAAUUCCGACUAUAAUCUUUGGAACUGUGAAUGGUGUGAUUGGUGUUAUUGCUUCGCUUCCUCAAGAUCAGUAUGUGUUUAUGGAGAGGCUUCAGACGAAUUUGAGGAAGGUGAUAAAAGGGGUUGGGGGGUUGAGUCAUGAACAAUGGAGGUCGUUUUAUAGUGAGAAGAAGACUGUGGAUUCAAGGAAUUUCUUGGAUGGGGAUUUGAUUGAGUCGUUUCUUGAUCUUGGAAGGAGUAGAAUGGAGGAGAUUUCUAAGGUUAUGAGUGUUUCGGUUGAGGAACUUAUGAAGAGAGUAGAAGAGUUGACUAGGUUGCAUUAAUGAAAUAAGUUUGUUUGAAAACUUUGAUAUGGAAUGUUGCUAUUUCUUUUUUAAUGUUGGUUUGUAUUUUGUGAUCAUGUUGCAUAAUGGAAAUGAAAAGAGAGUAUGGUGUUGGUGUUAAAAUUUAUCUUUUGCUUUUGUUUUUUUAUGGUAAUAUAGUUGUAUACGAGUUGGGC